GACGCUCGUGCGCUAAAGUUGAGUCUGUGGCAGUUCCCAUCACAGCCGCCAACACGUAGAGUAAAGGUGCUCUACAAGUGACUUUCUCCGUUACCUUUUUUUGGGACUUGGGGGCUUUUGUUGUAUAGCUUUUAGACUGCUGUUAACAAAGACUUUAAUCCAAAAAAAUGGCUGCUCUUUCAGCCUGGUUCUGGAGUGAGAGGUUCUGGCUGCCGCACAACGUCACCUGGGCGGAUCUGUCGGAGCAGGCACCCGGGGUGGAGUAUCCAAAGCCCGCACACUUGUUUACAGCCUUACCGCUAGCUUUGGGGCUCUUCGGCGUGAGGAUACUAUUUGAAAGGUUCAUUGCCAGUGCUUGUGCCCGGAGUCUUCACAUCCAGGCGGGCGUAGGACGGAGAGCCCAACCCAAUGCUGUGCUUGAAAAAGUGUUUACAUCCAUCACAAAGAACCCCGACACGCGGCGCCUUGAUGGCCUGUCGAAGCAGCUGGACUGGGACGUGCGGAAAGUGCAGCGCUGGUUCAGACACCGCAGGAACCAAGACAAGCCCAGCACGCACACUAAGUUCUGUGAGAGCAUGUGGAGGUUUACAUUUUAUUUAGGUAUAUUUAUAUAUGGAAUGCAGUUUCUAUGGCAGUCUCCUUGGAUGUGGGACACAAGGCAUUGCUGGUACGGUUACCCCUAUCAGCCGCUGACCUCUAGGAUGUACUACUUCUAUGUAACACAGUUGGCGUUCUACUGGUCACUCAUGUUCUCGCAGUUCAUCGACAUUAAAAGAAAGGACUUCCUGGUAAUGUUCAUCCACCACUUGGCGACAGUGGGCCUGAUCAGCUUCUCCUACGCCAACAAUAUGGUGCGCGUGGGCAGCCUGGUGAUGGCCGUGCACGACGCCUCCGACUUCCUGCUGGAGGCUGCCAAAAUGGCCAACUAUGCCAAGUACCAGCGAGUGUGUGACUCCAUCUUCAUUGUGUUCAGUCUUGUGUUCUUCGUCACCAGGCUAAUCAUUUAUCCCAUAUGGGUGCUCAACUCGACCAUGUUUGAGAGCUGGGACAUCGUGGGCCCGUUCCCCUCCUGGUGGGUCUUUAACUCUUUACUGCUGGUGCUCCAAGUGCUGCACAUCAUCUGGUGCUACCUCAUAGCGCGCAUCGCUGUCAAGGCCAUCGCACACGGCAAGGUGAGCAACGACGUUCGCAGCGACAUCGAGAGCAGCUCAGAGGAGGAGGCCGAUUCCAACGGCACCAACGGACACUGCAACGCCAUAAACUCAACCAUCACAUCAGCCAGGGACACGCGAGAGAGCUAGUGUCUACUGCGCCACCUAUAGUCCUGUUCUAGUCAUCAAACUUCACCCACACGCUUUACAAUGUGUUGGGGAACUGAAGAACAGACUCUGACAAUGGAACAAGAACCGUGAAACAGGAAAAGUACUUGCGGUUAGAGAGUGGUUUAUAAUUUACAAAAUGGGAUUGAGUUUGUGUGGCGUUUGGCUCCAUUUGUUUUAAAAGUUGUCUCCCAGUUUUAUUGGUCAGAUGAACUUGAUUAUAUUAUUCUAUUCAAGGGAUAGUCCAGAUUUUUGUAUGAAGGGGUCUAUAAGAUACUUAAGGUUUGUUUUCCAGCAUAAGUAAUUGUUCAUUUUUUGGAGAACAAACAAGAGCAAUGACAUCCUUAGAGCACUAUAACAACUAUGCAUGGUGCCACAAGAUCUUGUGAAAUAAAAUUGCAUUGAUUAUGCACAUAUGCAAAAAAUUAUUUUGUCAGAUUUUUUUUGCAUGUGUUACAUUUGGCAUGGACAAAAAAACUUAAAUUUUCUCACCUCCAAAUGGCAGUUACACUAAAAGCAAAAAUUUUAAAAUAAUAUAACUCAAAAAUUGCGAGGUCAAAAUCGUGAACUAGGCUGCACCCUAGUAUAUCAAAAUUUCGUCUUGACUCAAGGGCCCCAUCUUGUUGUAUCUUGUCUUGUGGAAGUUGUAUCUCAUCCCAUCCCUAUAGUAAGUAAUACAACCCAUACCAAUUUGGAUAUCAGUUCCACAGAAAUGGCCUAUCAUCUUUUCUCAUCUUUCAACAUGUAAAUAGUACCAGACCAAAUAUUUAUAUUUAAGUUUAAAUUUCAACACAAAAGUAGUAGUUACUAUUAAUUUUUACUUAUCAACCCGUUUGUCUGUCCUGACAAAGUAGUUGAAAAUGAUUACUCCUAUUUUCUUCUCCAAAACAAUACAAUGAUUAGCUGUAAGGUAUAAACACGCUUUACAGUAUCUUUUAAACCAAUGCAUAUAAAAAUACUAUGCUAUCCCUUUAGUUCACACUAGAUCACAAUUAGGCAGUGCUGCUAAGAAGGUGCACUUCAGGCUAUCUAUAACGUCACAGUAGGACUAUUAAGUUGAGAAGAUGUAUAUAUGUUCUAGUAACUGAGGAAAUCUGGCGUUUGGUCCAAAGUGCAAUAUGCUUUAAUUGUUUUUGUUCAUGACAGCACGUUCGGCUCUUUGAUAUUUAUUGUGGAUUUAACUUGGCGACUUGUGUUCACUUUUGUUUUACUGUUUUUUUUACUACUUCUGAAACCAAAAAAUAUUGAUGAAAUUGUACAUUGUCACUGCCUUUUGAGAUAUCCAGGUUGUGAGGACUGUGCUAAACUGUACAAAUGUUCUCAAUUGAGUGCCUUGUAAAUCAAUUUCAGAAUAUAAUCUUUUUGAAAAGCGGAA